UCCUAUUGUCAGUGAAAGUGAAAAUAAAAGCCCAGAAAUAGUCGCUAUUAAUGAAAGUACCGAAAUAACCAUUGUUAAUAAUAAUGCCGAAAUAACCACCAUUAAUGAAAGUGCUGAAAUAACCGCUAUUAAUGAAAGUGCCAAAAUAACCACUAUUAAUGAAAACGAUUCGGUUUCUAUUUAUAAUUCUAGUGUUCAUGAGGAGAGCGAUAGUUCUAUUGUUCAAGAAGUUUAUAAUUCCAGCAUUCAUAAAGAAGUUUAUGACUCAAGUAUUCAUGAAGAAAUAAUUAAUAGUGACGAGUCAUAUAUGUUAGAGGAUUUUGAACAAGCCAAAGAAAUGUUGGAAAAUCUAGAUCAAAAAAAUAAAAAGCGUAUAACAAGUCUUGUUAGUGAAGUUAUGAAAUUACGGCAGCAAGUAACAGAUCAGGAACGGGAAAUCUUAGAUCUAAAGAGUCAGAUAAAUGAAUGUCAAGAAGAAAUACUUCAAAUAAAGGUACUCGAGCACUAA